AGAAAGCGUACGACAUCAUCUUCUCGCCCAACAACAUGCUGGAUCCGAACGCCACGAGGGUGGACGACGUGGCCGACACGUACGAGACGCGCGGGAUGGAGAACAUCCUGCUUGGGCCUCACAAUCGCCGCGCCGACAUCAACACGGGGCUGUUCCAGAUGAGCUCCAGCAAGAAUGUAGCCGAGCUGAUGCUGAAGACCAUGGAGAUCUUCAGGGACCAGGAGUUUGUGCACGGCCACUACCAGCAGUACUCUUUGGUGAAGGCCUUGGACGAGCUGCCCGACGUGAGGGUCGGCGUGGCCGCCGGGGACAGGCUCGUGAACGGCAACGUGUUCUGGGGCCACCGCGAG